CCGACGACUAAAAUUUUUGUUUUAUCUAUUGUGGUCUAUGUAGUAUCAAUCGAGAUAACGGACAAAUGAACUAACGCGAUAUUUUAGUGCCGAAAAUUUGAUCUAGGUGAAUGAUGAAAUCCAAAAUUUGUUUCCUGCUUUUCGGCAUCUUCGCGAACGUCUGCACCGCAUACAACAUUCUAGUGAUAAUGGGUCACCCCGGGAACAGCCACUUGAGAGUUUUCGUGCCGUUCUUUAAAGAACUGGGAGAGAGGGGUCACCACUUGACGGUAAUAAGUUACGCGGCAAUCAAAGGGAAAAACAUAAGGGCCGUUCAAUUAGCUGAAGGGCUAAAAGAGGUGAUGCCGUUAAACGAAAUAACGGGCGCAAGGAGUGAAAAGUAUUUCGGGGCGCAUCUGCUUUACAGCUUUUCAAAGAGCUACGAAGAAGGACUGAAGAGUAGAGCGUUUCAAGAUUUUUUAAAGGAGAAUAACAGCUACGAUGUCGUUUUGGCAGAAAUGUUCAAUUCUAAUGCGUUUUACGGGCUGGCGAAGAGGUUUGACGCUCCUCUCGUAGGUCUUUCCAGUUGCGCAAUGCUACCCUGGCACGCGCAAUGGUUCGGCUCCUCAGACAACCCUUCCUACAUUCCCGUAUUAUUCAUGGAUUAUCCCGUGCGCAUGUCCUUUGCCGAGAGGGUCGAGAAUACUGUUAUGCUUCUAAUGAACAAAUGGUGGUGGUAUUCCCUAAUGGAAACUCCGGGAAAAAUUUUAUCCCAAAAAUAUAUUGGCGAAGAAACACCUGAUCUUUACACCACCAGUCUUUUUCUGGUGAACAGUCAUCAUACAUUGCACGGUGCGAGACCUUUGACGCCGUCUAUAGUGGAAGUAGGCGGUAUCCACAUUGAAAAGGCGAAGAAAUUACCUGAGAACUUGGAAAGGUGGAUUGAAGAAUCUGGCGACGGCGUAAUCUACUUCAGUCUCGGGUCUAUGAUCAAAAGCAAUACUCUCGCGGAGGAAACGCGAAAAAUCUUUGCCAACGUAUUUUCCAGACUGCCCCAGAGAGUGCUCUGGAAGUGGGAGAACGACUCUAUGCCGGAGAAACCGAAAAACGUAAUGGUGCAGAAAUGGUUGCCACAACGAGACGUAUUGUGUCAUCCGAACGUUAAGGCCUUCAUAGGCCACGGUGGACUGCUGGGAACUACAGAGGCUAUCCACUGCGGGGUACCCCUGAUUAUAAUGCCUCAAUUCGGAGACCAACAUCUCAAUGCCAAAGCGGUUGAAUCUCAGGGCGUUGGUGUUAUUUUGCAGCUUCACGACACGAAUGAAGAAAAACUUUCGAAUGCCAUUAACAAAGUCUUGAGUCCCGAAAUCUCCCGUCAAACGAAAGCGUUAUCAGAAAGAUUCAAGGACCGUCCACAGUCACCUAUCGACACAGCAAUAUAUUGGGUGGAACAUGUGACAAGACAUAAAGGCGGGUACCACAUGAGAUCCGCCGCCAUUGAUCUGCCGUUUUACCAGUACUUUUUAUUUGACGUUGUCGCGUUCUUAGCCGUUUUAAUCUUGACGUUCGUUUACAUUGUUUAUUUAAGCUUAAAAUUUUUUCUUAGUUUUCGUCCUAAAACCAAUGUUAAACAAAAAAGCUCCUAGAACCAACGCGAUGUAUAGCAAAACGUUACAAAAUUAUUUAUUUUAAUUAUUAUUUGACUGGAGACAACCGGCAUUAGCUUAUAAUUGUGAUAACUGAGCCGUACCAAAUGAUAAUUAAGCAUUAAAAAGCAAAAUAUAAUUUAAUAAGUGAUGCUGAAUCUAUAUUCUAUUCGGUUUAAAUCGGAUUCAAAAACGUAUAUUUUUUAACCACAACCGAGCAUCUCAUUGUCAAAGUGAAAAUCACGAUACCUAUCAAACAAGCUGACAUUGCCAAAUUAUCGGAACAUGUUU